UGGAAAGUAUGAAACAGAUUAGUGAUUCUGGUGGAAAUACGAAAUUAACAUUCAUUCUGGUCAAUUAAAUGUAUGAAAUCAAGAGGAGAAAAAACCGUAAGACACAUUUGUGCCUUCUUAUUCGAUGGUGCAUGGCAAUGUUCAAUGUAACAUUGAAAUUAUUCAAAUUUCUUCGCAAUUUAUUAAAUUUUUGAUACACUAACAGAUCUCUUUAAUUUCAAAGUGAAUUAAUAAACUGUUGCAGUACUGUGCAUACAAGUUUUACCACUCCUCAGGACACCUCAGAUGUCUCAAAAGACUUGAUUUUGUUUUUUUUUAUAUGAUGUGAAAUUAGGUGAAACAUGUCAAUGUAAGUCGCGUUUGCUAUUGUACGCUUCAUCGAGCUCGUUUUAGGGAAAUGAUUUUAAAUGUGGCAAUUUGUGUUUUAACGCGAUUGUGAUAUACAUUGAGAUAUUUUAGAUAUUGUAUUAUUUAUGAUAUAUCUAUUGGGCAACAGAAAUUUGAAGAUUCAGCAGCUACAUAAUAAAUGCAAAAUGACAUUUCUAAGUCGACAGAAAGAGUUGCAGGCUAGCUUCUAUACACACCUGACGCGAGAGUCAUCAAAGGCAGAUUCUUUACCCAAUACCAAGGUUCUUCUCCGUCAUGUGAAAUCAGUACACGACUCUGCUACUCAGAUUUUAAACGAAUUUGGCACUACAGAUACUGUAAUUGGGGAUGCAACUGCGGAGAUUAUGAUAACAACUCUCGGCAAAAUUCCAAACGAAAUGUAUUAUCUGGAGGAUACAACACUCAGUGGAAAAGCUACAAAGUUGCACACAGUGCUCAACAACUACAAUCUCUCAGUAGGGAUUACAUUGGUCCCGACUGAAACUGACAAAUCUGACGGAUACACAGGACGCUCCACUCUAUUGCUUAUCUUGCUGAGCUUGCUCUUGAUCAUACUGUUGUUAUGUUGCAUCACAGCGUGCAUUAUUGCAAAGUCCAGGAGCAGGCACUCUUUCUUCACGAAGAGCGAUAUCGAGUGCAGCCCAGGUUGCAGUGGAGUGAACGUACCGUUGUUAGGUUUAGAAAAGACUUCAGAUACAACCACUAAGACCAGUUCAAUAAAAAAUUGAAGAUGAUUAGUUUUACGGUAAAAUUUGGGCUCAGAUAUCGAGUGUGCUCGUGAAACGCUUCGAAUUUCGAA